AUGGGGUUUUGGCCGCGUUCCUUACUUGCCAGAGACUAUGAGGUACCGAAGCGUCCCAUUUUCCACCUCGAAGGAUGGGAUGUGGUUCAGGGAACAGACGCAGCCACUUACGUUUCGGGUGUUGUGCCCGACGGCGUUAUGUACGGUACCAACGGGUGUUUAGGCGUACGGCAUCAUUGUGAGUCGGAAACGGUAGGGUACCGAACAAGUCUUUACAUGAACGGCGUCUACCACAGUGCUCCCCUUAACGCGUACGUUGACAGUGAAGCGCUGCCAGAAGAGAUUCAAGUUGGUGCCACCGUAUGUGAAGUGACUCUCGACUGCUUCAUUGAUGGAGAGUCUGGGACCCUUGGCGAGGCACCAUCGCAGAGGUUGAACUUGCGAGACGCCACGUAUUCUAGCACCAGCGUGGAUGUUGUCAGCGGUGACGGUGGGCUUACUUUUGACUCCACAUAUCGCCAGGUUGUAUCUUUGAACGAGUUGGACCUCUGGUGCGCUGAGACUGUAUGCACCAACUUUUCCAUCGACGCCUUGUCGAGUGGAACAGAUUUUGCUUCACAAAACAAUUCCGAGUCCUCAGCAAAACACAUCGAAGAGGACAUGUACAGCACUGAGUCCUCUACUUAUUCUGUUGUUUUUAUCGUUUCUGUUACUGUAUCGCUGGAUGACUGGUAUCUUGUGGGUGGUGACUCCACGGAAAAACUGCUCAUCGAAUCCACCACGUCCGGCAUAUUGGUAGGCACUGAAACGGAAGCCUCAUGCACAGUAGAAUGCGGCGACCGAACAUACAAGAUAGUCCCGGAGCAACAAGUGAGAAAUGUUCCGGAGGACUUUUAUACGCCCCACCGUGAUUGCGGCUUCUCCCAUGCAGCGUACGUAAGCGAAAGCGAGAGUGAGCACCCACACUCUUCCCGUGCCGCUUGGAGAGGCACCUCCGGCUCGCGGGGUCGUGUAUGCUUCCAAAAACAGUUCCCCUAUACAAUUACCCCCGACAACGUGCCUCAAAAGGUAACGUUGAGCUUUCAUGCACGACAUCACAAUGGGGGGCUUCCACUUUCGCGGCCGUUUCCGUCUUUUGCGGAUGUCGUGGCCGAGCAACGUCUCGUGUUGGACAAUUUCUGGAGUACCUUUUGGAUUGAUAUCCAGCGACAGGACGAACUGCCGCCUAAUCGCAUGAAACUUGGCCUAAUAUUUAAUUCGUUUCGGUUGUUCUGUGUUUCUCGCAACCUGCAAAACGGCCUGCCACAGGCUGGCUGCUCAACAACUAAGAGUAAUUUGCUGUAUGACCUCCAACAGUACGUUUACCAUGGCAUCUACUAUAUUCUCACGUCGCCAUCAAGUGCGCUUGCGCUCCUUCGCAGCCUCUAUUGUAUGCUUUCUCAGGCUCGAAUGAACGCCCUUCGUCUAUCGCUUGAACACGGCGCCGUAUACCCACGCAGAACGAUCACAGGGACGGAGUGUUGGCAUUGUAGUACCCUCAACAACGCCCGGUUUCACGUCAAUGCUGAGGUGGGCUAUAUAAUAAAUAUGUAUUUUUCUGCCGUGGAAAGCAUUGCCACGAGCGAUCGCUUGUGGCUGUUGGAGCUCAUGUUAGAGACAGCACGUGUUUGGUCGCAAGUUGGGGAGUGGGUGGAAAAUGAAGGUGUGUUUCGUUUGGACAAUAUUGCCGGCCCGGAUGAGUACAACGGUAACGCGGCAGGGAACUUUUACGUUCACCUCUCGGCAAAGCUACAUUUGAGAAAUGCUUACAAUCUUUACGAGGAACAACAAAAAAUCGUUGGUGAUGAAGCUAUAUUUUGUCUGCUGCAGGGAAUUAACAUGGACAUAUCGGAACUUGAAAACUUCAGGACCAUCUCCAACGAGAUUGUUGUGCGACGUGACAACCACCUUGAUGUUUUUUUGGUGCAUGAUCACUUUGACACACUGAAAGAAUGGAAGGGGGAGCGUCCAAAGCACCCCUUGUCCAUGAACUACCACCCUCUUGCAAUAUACCGUCAUAAAGUUGUGAAUAUUCCCGAAGUCCUUCUCGGCAUGUUGUUGUACCCAGCCGAGUUUGAGCGAAAGGAUUUGCUGCAGAACUUGUCCUACUACGCCCCGCUCUGCACGCAUGACUCGGCGGAGUCAUUGGCUAUUGUUGCGUGUGUGGAGUUCCGAGCGAACGGUCGCUUCACUCACGGCAUGCCGCUACUAUGUUCAUUGGCUAGCUUGGAUUUAGAUAACAUCAUUUACGCUGCCGACGAAGGACUUGAUUUUGGUGCCAUGUCCGCAACGUGGAUUGCCGUUGUCAUGGGUAUUGGUGGUGUUAAGAUCACGUCUCGUAGUCUGCAUUUAGACCCUUCCUUUCCCGCUGGGUUGAGUGUACUUAGUUUCACUCUGCACUGGCGUGGGGCGACCCUGCGGACGCGUGUAGAGAAGGACUGCAUAACGUAUGACCUGAUGGCAGGGGAUAGCAUACGAUUUAUUCAUGCCAGCAGACAUCGCAUCCAUUUGCAUUCCGGAUGCAGGCAGAGCGUCGCCCGCAAGCAAGUCGCUAUACCGCAGCCCAUGAGCAGCAUGCAUGGGGAAUUUGCCGGUGCCAUUUUUUUGUGCGAGACGCUUUUUGACAGCGUCAUGGAGAUGAACUUCAUUGCGUGGGGCAAGACGCUGGAGUCACUCUAUGAGAACUAUCGGGCGCUGCACCUCCGCCACAUCCCACCGCUCACAGCGGAAGAGUUCGUCGAUAAAGUUAUUUAUCAGGCAGAGCACCGUGAGAUUGCCUUCAGUGGGAUUCACAAUGUGCUACUGGACCGUGGAAUAGACCUCCCACUCGGUUCACCCGACGAUGCCGAAAUUGUAGAGACGCGUUAUGGUUUAGCCAACGCCAAGGUGGCAGAGUUGGAGGAGAUGUGGUCUCGCGAGGCACCGUGUGUGAAUCCAGCGAUGCGGGCAUUGCUGCGCGAUUUGGAGGAUAAUGGAAUACCGCUUGCGCUUGUGUCGUACAGUCGAACCCUUAAGACACUGAUGCAGUAUCAUCCAGAGGAGGCACUGCGUUUCCUCACGGCUAUUGAUGGCGAUGAGGCGCAUGAGCGGCACAUCAAGAGCCGACCGCAUCUCGACAUUUUCGUUCGUGCAGCCGAAAAGAUCCACGUGGAGCCGAGUCGUUGUCUGAUCUUCUCUUCUCACAUCGACAGUAACUUCAAAGUGUCGGAGCUCUCUUACUUCCGCAUGGUGUUUGAUGUGGAGGAUCCCUUUGCGGCGCGGGUGCGGGGAUCCAAAACCUGCGAGUAUCCCUCCAUGCUGAGGCCCGCAGCGGCUGAUGGGGAUGUGCGGCCACUUGUGAUUAACUUGAAGCGGGAUAAGUUUCCCACAACUGUAGACGGGUUGGAAAGCAUUUUAUGCGGCCCAGUGGCGUCGGGUUCUGAUCUCGCCGCUGCGGGCGAUGCUCCGCCAAGUGAUCCCUGCAGUUAA